CAAACAAGUGAGCCAGAUAUCUCGAAAUUUCCUACUGUUGAUUCACUUGACGACUUUUCGAAGGUAUUGACCGAUUACGGAACGGCCCUCAGCGAUUUCUCAUGCUUCACAAGGGAGCUUGUGGACCCCAUUUUGCUGCCGGAGGGAAAAACUGUCCUGGAUGUGUUCAAGGUUUGCUUCGACGAUGACGCUUCCCUGUUGGAGGAGUAUCAUAAGGCGCGAAAUGACACCAAACAAAAGUGGGAGCCGUGGCGACCUGCGAAUGCCGGCAGCCCGCCGUUUUCGGGCCAAAGAAAAUUCACGUGCACAACGACAAUUAAGGCUGUGGUGUCCAAGUCGUGCCCAUUUACAGAAUACCAACGGUACGCGUUUAUGAAUGUUGGGGGCAAUAAGCCAGCCCUGGUUGUGCAGCUGUCAGGGCAAGCUGAGGGGGUUAUGUUUGCGGACGCUUUCCGUGCGGAGGCAUUGUUGAUUUUUACCCAAUCCGAUUUAGGCGUGGCCAUGCGCGUGCUUGGUCACAUUCAGUUCCUUCGGGAUGUGUG